GCAGCUGCCUCCAGGCCAGCGGAGCAGGCAGAGAGCAUGGCCUCGGAGCUCGACACCACCUGCCCCAUCUGCCUGGACAGCUGGGAGGAGGACGCCAGCUUGGUGCUGCCAUGCCUGCACCGCUUCUGCUACGCCUGCAUCAAGCGGUGGGCUGGCAGGCGCUCGGCGUGCCCGCUCUGCAAGCGCGGCAUGGCCUCCAUCGUGCACGGGGUGCGGGCCGAUGACAGCUUCGAGGAGGACAUCAUCUCGGCCCCCGCGGCGCCGCCAGCCACCGCCCGGCAGGCAGGCGCCGCUCCUGCCCGGGGAGCAGCUGCGGCUCGGGCGGUGCCGGUGGUGCCCGGGGCUGCCCCGGGCGGCCUCCGGCCCAGCGCAUGGGCAGCGCUGUUCAGGGAGCACCCAGCACUCCUGCAGCCCGUGCGGGCCUGGCUGCGCCGAGAGCUGCGGAGGCUCUUCGGGCGGCGCCUGCCGCGGGCAGAGCUGGUGGAGGACCUGGUCGUGCCCCUCCUGGUGCUCUUCGGGCUGGACGCGGAGAUGCUGCAGCAGCUGCUGCUGGUGUCCCUCGGGGGUCACACGGAGGCGUUCGUCACCAGCCUCAUCGCCGUCGCCGUGCAGCGCUGCAGCGCGGAGGCCAUGCGGCUGCUGGGCCCGCAGGGCGGCCCUGCCGCGAACCCCAACCCCGCCGAGGACCCGCGCCCCGCCGUGUUCCGACGAGGCUCCGCCACGCCUGCUGCGGCCCCGUCCAGCAGCCGGCAGGGAAGGAACGCGGGGGACCUGCCCAGCCCCUCCGCUGCUGCCCGCCCUGGCCGUGCCGGCAGCGCUCCCUCCGCUCCCUUGCCCAGCCGCGGGGAGCCAGGGGAGCGCCGGCAGGACGCUGGCGAGGCUGGGCCGAGCCCUUCGACAUCCGCCCAGGGCACGGAACGCGCCCGCGGGGGGCCACGGCGACCCCCGAAGAGGAGGGCUGGCAGCCCCCACGCCUCUGCUCCAUCCAAGAGGAAGCCACCCAACGGGCAGCACUAGGGCUCCUCCGGGGGACUUCUGGCACAGCUCACGGACCACCGUUUCCCGGGAGCAGGCAGCGUUCCUCCAGCCUGCUCAGGUGUGGCUGCAGCAGCAGCUGAGGUGGACCUUCAAAAGUUGGACUUUCCAGGCAGCCCUGGUGGAGGGCUGAUGUGACUGUUAUUAAAGGAUGAGUUAUGUAAA